AUGUCCGCACUUUCAAACACUUCACAGUACCUUGAAGAUUUUGUAGAGAAAUAUCCAGUGGUGAUGGAUUAUGUCCCAACAGUUGACAGACCUUUUUUCAAUAUCUCAUUAUGGAACAAUUUUGAUGCCAUUGUCACUAAGGCUACUGAUGGAAAAUUCAUUCCAAGUCAAUUCAAGUUUGUAUCUGGUGAAUUACCAUUAAGUGAAUUAUACCCAGUCUUGGCUGCUAUUGCAACUUAUUAUCUCGUCAUCUUUGGUGGUCGUGCUGUUUUGAAGAACAGCGAACCUUUCAAGUUGAACUUCCUAUUCCAAUUGCACAAUUUGUUUUUAACACUUUUAUCUUCUACAUUGCUCGUGUUGAUGAUAGAACAGUUAACCCCAAUGAUCAUCAGACAUGGUUUGUACUACGCUAUUUGCAAUUAUGGUGCCUGGACACAACCUUUGGUUACUUUGUAUUAUUUGAACUACAUUACCAAGUUUAUCGAAUUUAUCGACACUAUAUUCUUGGUCUUGAAGCACAAGAAAUUGACAUUUUUGCACACUUACCACCACGGUGCUACUGCGUUACUAUGUUUCACUCAAUUGGUCGGUACCACGGCUAUAUCAUGGGUUCCAAUUUCUCUGAACUUGGGUGUCCACGUUGUCAUGUACUGGUACUACUUCUUGGCAGCUAGAGGUAUUAGAGUUUGGUGGAAAGAAUGGGUUACAAGAUUCCAAAUCAUCCAAUUCGUUGUUGACAUAUGCUUCAUUUAUUUCGCGGUUUGGCAAAAGGUUGCUACUGAUUAUUUCCCAAGCCUACCACAUUGCGGUUCUUGUGUCGGUUCGACUACUGCCACUUUCUCUGGAUGCGCCAUCAUCUCUUCUUACUUAUUUUUAUUCAUUGCAUUUUACAUUGAAGUGUACAGACGUCAAGGCACAAAGAAGUCUAAGGUUGUUAAAAGAGUUCGUGGUGGUGUUGCAGCUAAGGUUAACGAAUAUGUGAAUGUCGAUUUGAAGAAUGUGAGUACUCCCUCUCCUUCUCCAGCUCCAAGAAAGAGAAAUACUAGAUCUAAGAAGGCAUAA